GGCGAUGCCACCUUUCCCCUUCAUGAUACCUCAACAGGCGCUGCUCUCUUUCAAUCGAGUUUCCCACCUGUUGUUACCUAUCUCUGCAUUUACUCUGGAUACUUACUCAGAAUUUUCCAACUCGCUGAUAGCUGGAACCAUAUCAUAUCGUUGCAACCGUCUAGAGCUUUACCUAUUUUCGUGGACGCUCUUGAUCAGAACAAGAUCUUAGCCGAUACUAUCUUAGCCGAUCUCAUCUAAGUACAUUCCAUUGUCUUGUUCAAGAAAUCCUGUCUCCAAGUGCAUUCCAUUGCCUUCAAGAAAAUGGGUGACUUGUUACUGCCUUCUAGUAUUUGUACUGUGGGUACUAUGAGGCCUUCUUCUAGCAGGACUUCGAUGCGCCACUGCAAGAAGAUGUUGUUCGCGUUUAAGAGGAGCAUGAUGUUCUCACUUCGCAAUCUGGCAUCUCGGACGCGAUCAAGAACCCUAAACUUGCAUCUCAGAACUAGUCCCUGCGGGUCGUGCCACGAACAGCACUAUCAGAGACGCACCACGCAUGACAUGUUCUCCCUUGGUACAAUUCCUACUGCUCUUCUUGGUACUCCUACUCCCUCCAUCAAAGCUGUAGACGCUAUGGCUGCGAGUGCAGGAGUAGCAGCGCAACUCAUAGUCUCCGGUAUGUUUUCGGGAGAAGAACAAGGACUUAAAAUGGUGGAGCUGGUGUCCAUCUCGACGUCUUCUUGCGCACUUUUUUUUCUCUUGUUCAUCUUAAGGCCCUCUUAAAAAGUUGUAAACAAAGUUCUUUAUUGAGAAGUUUCAUGGUCAUCUUCAAGAGCAGAAUAUUAUCUUCAAGAGCAGAAUAUUCAUUUUCAAGUAGAAUGGAAUCCUUAGGGAACGAAUGGAAAAACCUCUAAGCUACUUACUUAUUCAAUUUUGACGUCGAAUUUAUUGCUCUUGAAAAGCGUACAGGACGGCAGAUCUUGACUAGAACUUAUUUAAUAUUGAUCUUGAAAAUAAACAUAAAGAAAUGCUCUUGAAAAUAAAGCACAUCGGACGGUAGCAGAUUAUUUAUUGACUAAAAUAGAAUACAUCUUCACUUCUAGCCCCGUCGACAGUUUCGGAAUACUGAUCUGGGCAAUUCGCCAUGGCUUCUAAUGUUCAUCUUCUGUCUGUGCGCAACCGCAGUGCUCGGUCUAGUAAUCCAGCAGCGAUGCCGAAGCAAACCGAUCAAUUCGCACAAGAAUGCUGUUGCGAUCAUCACUUCAGACGAGGAAGAAAACUCGUGGUCAGACGUGGAUGUGUAAGAACAACAUGAUGAUCUUGAUGUAGACAUUGAGGUAGAACGGGGACUUAGGAUAAUUUAGUGGACGAGCAGUGAAAAAUAGAAGCCACAUCAAUCCAAGAUUGUUAAGCAUACAGCGUAGCUUUUCGACAUUAGUAUUUGUAUUGAAGGUUAUCAUUAUCAUGAUUUAUCAAGUGAAUAAUCAAUUCCUGCUUUCCGAAUAACUAAUAUGUUGUACCGACUAAGAUCCCGAACUAUCCUCGAAACAUGAUGGAUUUUUGUUAAGAAAUUUUGGCGUACACAAAUGAGAAGCUUUUGCUGCCUAAUUACAUACAGGAAAAGCCCUGAAAGAAGGAAAAACUUUAUAGAUAACCAACCAGCUUGAGAAAACUCGUAUUCAUCAUCUCCUAUUUCCAUCUAGUUAUUUACAUUUUGGUUUAGACGUAUAAAACUCGUAUUCAUCAUCUCCUAUUUCCAUCUAGAUAUUUACAUUUUGGUUUAGAAGUAUAAAACUCGUAUUCAUCAUCUCUUAUUUCCAUCUAGUUAUUUACAUUUUGGUUUAGACGUUUAUAUUUCCUUGGAAUCUAUCAAGUUUGUUUACUUAUCUCGAAAAAUUUAUUCGCAUCCUCAGUUGAUCACCCUGAUUUUGUCGUCGUAAAUUUAUACAUAUUACUCCUUCUUGGCAGCUCGUCCUACUUGUCCACCGUAAAAGAUGUUCGGACAUGUCCAAUAAAACUCCAUUGCAAAAAAAUUGGCAUUAUGAAUGUUAAACACGUGUAUGCUCUCAGUGUACUACGUACUACCAUGCACAGAUAUUCGCAUGCUGGCACUACUUGGUACUUCACUAAACAUUGAAGACUCUGAAUCUCUGACAA